GCCCCGCCCACUGGCUCCGAGAGCGAAAGUGAAAGAAACGCGAAAGCGAAAGAAUCCAGGGCGCCUUGUUUGCGUCGGAGCGCAAAUAAACGGAUCUCCGCCGCUUCUGUCUCCAUUCACACAGUCCGAACCGCGGAACGCGCCAUGCCGAACCCUGCCGUGUGUCUGGAGGCGCUGUCGGCUCUGUCCGGCUGCUGCGUCCAGUCGACGGGCGGACCGUCCCAGCUCAGCCCGCAGGACUUCGUCAACGUCGUGGCCCUGAAGGAGUUCUACAGGCAGGAGGGGCUCCGGCAGCUGGACUACCCGAGUCUGGGCAGCCUCUGCCUGGACGACAUGUACAGCUCCCCGCCGGCGCUGACGGCCGCCGCCGCGGCCUCCGGGCCCCGGGUGACCAUCAACCCCGCGGACUUCUUCCACGCUGAGUACAACUACGACUUCACCCGCAUCCAGGACGGUGACAAGCAGUUCCUGCGUGGUAAUGAGCCGUACAUCCGUCCCUGUGGCUGGGACCGCGCCGCCCUGCGGGUCCUGCAGAAGUACGACGAUGGCAACGCGUGGCUCGGGACGGGUCAGGACGCCUGGCCCGUCUCCUACCACGGCCAUAACAUGGACGGUUCCGUCAUCCUGAACCACAGCGGCAAACCCAGCGACGAGCCCCAGUUCGGCCAAGUGGCCGCCGCCUCCCUGCUGGCCGGCGAGACGAGGGGCAGGGGCGUGUACUCCACCCCGGACAUCAAGGAGGCGGAGAAGUACUGCAAGGUGUUCGAGUCCAAAGUGGAUGGGAAGAAGUACAAAGUGGUCCUUCAGAACCGCAUCAAGCCACAGAACAGAAAGAAGUGUCAGCGGGAGAAUGUGUGGCUGGUCUACGUCCCAGAGAACAGCACCGACAUCCAGGCCCGGGCCGUGGUGCAGGAGUCCAUCCGUCCCUACGGGCUGCUGCUGAAACAGGUGUGAGCCAGAACUGGACCAGUAGCCACAGAGCGAGAGGUCAACCUCAAUACCGUAAAUCUACAUCGGGACAAGGGGUCUGUGGGCCAGACUCGGCUCUGGUGCUGUUAGCUGCGUGGGCUUUAAUGAUAAACAGCUUUAGUAGAGGAUCUGUGUGACUCUCAGGGUUUGGGUUUCACAGACAUAUGAAUCCUGUCAGUCCUGCUGCUCAAAGUCUAAAUAAAGGACAAUGACAAUGAGGGCGUUUACAUGCUCCAGCCCAGAAAGUCCAAUGUUUAAAGGUCCAAUCCGGCUCCUCGGCUUUGGAUGUGUCUGUACAGAUGAAAGAUGUCAACCAUGUAGAGGAGUAAUCUGAUUACUUUGCAGCAGGAAAACGUAAUCAGAUUACUCUGUGCACCAUGACGUAAGGGAGCCAGAAUGACUGCAUGUCAGCACACUGAGGAUCACAUGCUGCUGAAUGUGUGUUAAGACGUGACUCCACAAAAGGGUCUCAUUUGCUGUGAUUUGAUUUGAUGUGAGAGGCCAUUUUUGUCCUGAUGAGACCCAGCGUCUUAGGCUUUUAUUGUGAAAAGGUUUGCUCCACACAACUUAAGGUCUCAGCAGGGAGAUGUUGACAUUUGGUUUUGGUUUCUAUUAACACAUCUUCCUUCAACCCACACACAUUCACAUUCUGCUGUACUGAACCCACAAGCUUUUAUUAAUAAACUGUAUCAAUGGGAGGAUCAUGUUGCAGUUCAUCAGAGCUAAAACCUAAACUGUUCACACUUGGUUCUGGAUCUAACUUUAUUCUCUGCCAUCAAGGUCUUCACCGACACAUUCAGUCGUAAUUGAUUAAUUAACAUAUUUGCUCAUUAUUUGGGACCUUUACUAGGUUUUGUUUCCUGCUCCAGCCUCCUACAGGAGUUUCAUUCUGACGUACUGAUGCCGCUGUGCUGAGUCUCAUUCUCCGUCUCUGUGUAACUGAGGAGAAGGUGGCCUUUGGACUAAACUCACUGUGUACUCACUGGGUUAUAGGUCUGUUUCCAGCAGCCAAACAUGUCCCUGAACCUAAAUGGUAGAACCCAGCAAGGAAGAAGAAAGAGAGGCUGACGAACGCGGGGAGGACGCAGAUCCACGGGCUCCAGCAUGGCCGCCUCGGUGUGCCGCCGGCAGACUCCCGGUCCGCUCCUCAGGACAGGUUAAGGGUAGGGACAGGUUACUUAGUGGUUCACAGCCUGGGGAGCUGGUCUCAUGGCACACAGCUUUUCUACCUAUUUCCAACGCCUCACCGGUCACGCGUAGGUGAAUUCCUCUGCUGACACAAACGGCGCCUGAGCAGCGCCCGGUGCAGAAAUACAGCCCGGCGUCGUCCUGCUCCACGUUCAGGACGUGCAGCCUGACGGGGCCACUGUCCAAGUCGCCCUGGACGCUGAAGCGGCUCAUGGGGGCAGCGGGGCCAUCGACGGUGUGGGUGUUCAUGUGACUGCGUCUAUGCGUCAGCAGAGGGAGCAGCUGGUCCGCACGCAGCAGGUACCAGGUGACCUCAGACCUGGACGUCAGGUUGCAGGAGAUCGUCGCAUUCUGGCCCACCGGGACCGAGAGGAGAACAGGCAGGGCUGCGCACAGGUGGUGCACGGGGACAC